CAUCACAGAUCCAAAGUCUUCUCCUUUAGCACCGAGUUUGCAAUUAGGGUCAUUAUGAAGUACAUCGUGAUCUGUGCCACAGUUUUUCUGCCUUCUUUAUUUGCUAUCCCACUAGAUUCUGGUGCUAAAGUUGGACCAAGUGCUGAAGACAUCAAAUUUCUACAAGUUUAUCUUGACAAAUUCUUCCCAACGUACCAUAAAGAUGGCAGCAGCCUGGAAGAGAGACUCAGACAAAUGCAGGAAUUCUUCCAUUUGACGGUCACUGGGAAAAUGGACAAACAAACCGUAAAUGUAAUGAAACGGCCCCGAUGUGGAGUCUCAGAUGUCUCAGAAGGGCAUAAAGCUGGAACAAGAAUCUGGAAUAAAAGAGUGCUCACAUACAGGAUUAAUAAUUACACUCCGGAUUUGCCAAGAAGCACGGUAAAUACAGCUAUAGCAAAGGCAUUCCGCGUUUGGAGUGAUGUGACUCCGCUGAGUUUCCAGAAAGUUUUCAGACCUGCUGACAUUGAAAUAUUUUUUGCACAUGGUGAACAUGGUGAUAAUAACCCUUUCGACCGCCAAGGAGGUGUUUUGGCUCACGCUUACUAUCCUGGACCAGGAAUUGGGGGAGAUGCACAUUUUGAUGAAGCAGAGAGAUGGUCAGAGUAUAACAGAGAGACCAACCUGUUCCUUGUUGCUGCACAUGAAUUUGGUCAUGCCUUAGGACUUAGCCAUUCUAAUGUCAUUGGCUCUUUGAUGUACCCAACAUAUACUUACACAAACCCAAACUACUUCCGUCUCCCAAGUAACGACAGACAAAGAAUUCAGAGAUUUUAUGGAACAAGGAAAUGAAACCAUUGAAGAACCUAUUGUAUUUAAAUGUCAUGGAAGAAUUUAUAUAUUGCACAAGUUUACAACAUAGUAAAAGCAGCAAAAGUUUGGUUGCCUGCUUGAUAAUGGGGGAAAACGAGUAGACUGAACUUUUGUUAUGGAAGCUACGUUGGUUGUUGAUUAGCUUUCUGGUCCAAUUUAAAAUGCAUGGUGUGCAUGUUUAAUGGUCUACAAUCCAACAUCAAACCAACACCAACCUUGUUGGCAUGCAGGGAAACCACCAAGAUCUGGUUAUAUCAGAAAUCCUUUGGGGAUUGAUAUAUGUUAGAUUCCGUCUCUCAGUUAUUAAUUUGGGGAUCUGGUUAUUUUCUUUUCCUUCUAAUUAUUCCUUGUAAUGGGAUAUGUUCUUUGGAUGUUUUUGUACCUACACCUAGCUAAUAAAUUACCCAACCGUUUCUUAUGUUGUGAUCUAGGAAGCCUUUGUAUUUUCUUCUGUGUGUAAUAAAGUCUAAUCGGAGGACAG